GGGAGCUUUGGAUCACAGAGCUCUGGUUGCAGCAUCCCUGGAGCAGCUACUGUUAUCUGAAACACAAGUGCCAGGAUAUGGGAACAGAUCUAAAGAAGAGAUAGACGGGGAAUCCUCUGGAAUCAUCCAGGGGUCGGGUUGCUUUGUGUGGAGUGGAGCAGGAGGUGAGAAGAAGUGUUUCCAUGUAAACACCCCCUCAGAAGGGAUAAGCGGAGGAGCGGUAGAGAGACGAGGAAGGGUAGAGAGAGGAGGGGUAGAGAGAGGGGAAACGUUCCUUCUCCCUAGGAUAUUACCCCUCUAUCUGGCUACCUACUACAGCUCCUUUAAAAAAAAAUAGUGGUAAUCCCAUCACAUCAAGGAAAGGUUUCAAGCAGACCACCAUAGUCCCUGUGCCCAAGAAAGCAAAGGUUCUGCCUGGAGAGUGUGUUCUGGUGUACUCAAUGCAAUCCCAAUGCUUCAGCAGACCUCAGUCCAGAGAGAGUCAACCUGCGGCUGUUGUGACACACCUGAGAUACAGACAAGAGUCACAUUGAGACAACCACAGCAGUGGGACACAAGACAACUCUCCACAUUGCUUUGUUGUUUCCUCUUAGCUGAAACCAUGGAUAUGACUACGGCCAAGACCACCGCAAGCUCUCUCUCCACUGUCUCCAGCACCUCCAUGACCCCCAUUCUCACUGUUACAACGGACGCCAGGAUGGAACAGGGGAUGGUCACAGAGUCCAGGACAAAACUCAUGACCACUAACAUUACUAUAACAACAACCAACGAGACAAGAUUCAAUGCCACCAAGCUGCCAGAGUUGGAGCUCGAGGGCUCUGAGAUUGGCAUGGUGUUGGUGCCCUUUGGCAUCAUCACUGUAAUUGGCCUGACAUUGGUCGUGAUGCUGUAUAUCAGGAAACGGAAGAGACUGGAGAAGCUGAGGCACCAGCUGAUGCCCAUGUAUAACUUUGAUCCGGCAGAGGAACAGGAUGACUUGGAACAGGAACUACUGGACCACAACCUCACAGGACCCAAUAACAAGACUCUCACGACCUCCCAGGGGACGACACAGAGGCCCAGUCGCCUGGUCUUCACAGACGUAGCCAACGGUCUCAAUGCAUAACUACACUCUUAAAGACAUGAGAGGGGACUACUGGGGGGAGUGGGGAGGGGACUAGCUAUCGUCAUUGAGAUAUGUUGCUCAGGAAAAAAGGAAAACUGGAAUGAAGGCCAUGGAAACAUACUGAUGUCUGGGGGAUGUUUUUCAGGCUGGGCUAUAAGGGAAUUCUGAUGUUUAAGUUGUAAUGUAGUCAUAGUUUAACUGUGAGGUUCUCCCAUCAUUGUCAUUAGUCCAUAUCAUCUACAGUGACUAUGGUGGGAUAUAUGGGGAAAUUAGGUGAACUUUAUUGAACUAAGGAUUUUGUACUGGUUGUUAUUUGUUGCACAAAUACUUAAUGGGUUUUUGUUGGAUCACUGUCUUUCUCUGUAGUUAAGUGAUAGUGGUGGUAGAACUCCUACAUCCAUCAUUGAAAACUUUGUCUAGAAUGUAUUCAUUUCCACAUGUUUGUAUUUUGCUGCUAAAUGUAGACAACCACAUUUGAGAAGAGACUCCUCUAAAAUGGUUAUGCAAAAAUGUUUUUACUGCUUCCAUAAUGGUGGUGGACUAGAGACCUGGAACAACAAGGGAAUGGACAUUCUACACAUUGAAGAACUAAAACACGACAUCGGGAGAUCUGGAGGACAAUGCCUGGGGUACUGUAACCCACCUAGUGUACAUUACUGUACCCCUGUCCACACAUCCAAAAUGUGUCUUUCAGCACUUCUGUCACUAUCGCCCCUUUGCCCUCAAAGUAUUAGUAUAUUUCCUCUAAGUAAUAAAGUAUUAGUAUGUUUCCUCUAUAACAAGUAAUAAAGCAGCAACAUUGGUUUCUA